AUGCCGGUAUUUGAACAUGGCAAAUCCUGGCGCAGUUUUAUUGCUACGUAUGACAGGCAAGACUCUGCUCCCCCCUCCCUCUUGUUCAGCAUCUGUCUGGAGCCACUGGCGUUGUAAGGGGUUAGGGCGUCCGACUAGGAUCCAGACAUCCAGGGUUCAAACCCCCACUUGGCCAUGAAUUUCACUGGGUGACCCUGCCUAACCCACUUUGCAGGGUUGUUGCGGAGCUUAAAUUGGGGUGGGACCACGUACACAACUUUGAGCUCACUGGAGAGAGAAAGGUGGUUUAUAAAUCCAAUAAAUAAAUAAAUCUGGAGCAAGGGCCCAUCACAAUGCAUACACCCGGAGCUGUUUCUCUGGGUCAUCUAAAUCUGUGCAGACCCUGGAGCGGUACUUGCAUCCACCCAGUAAUGGGCUGGAUACAGAACAAUAAACUGAGGCAAAAUCCCAACAAGCUGUGUCUCACACACCAGGGAUUGACCUCAGGAACUAGGAGCCCAGCCUUAGGAGAUACAAAUCUCUCAUGAAAGGGGAGGUUUGGACCUCCAGCCAAGCCGAAACAAACCACAGUAAGCACAGAGAAACAGACUUGAUCCUGAGAAGAGGGUGGGCAGCGGUCCAAAAUCAAUAUCACAAGGAAUUCAGUGACAAGGGAGGUAUUAGCUUCAAGUGGAGGGCUGUGUUUUUCCCAAGACGGGAGAAGGCUCAAGAGGAGAACCUCAUACAUUCUGCUCUCCCAGGCCACACCCGAAAAACAGCUGCAGGUAAUGAAAGAACCUCUGGGGUUGAUUACUCUCAAGUAGACAUCUCUCACACAAGUCGCAUGCUGACUCCAUGUGUGUAGACACAUGCUCUUCAGCCUGGGGGCUUGAGGGCCUUCUCAGGAACUGUGGCCCAGCUCCACCUCCUGCUCUGAGGGUGUCAAGAAUUCUUCAGCAGGAGCACCCAUCCAGGAGAUACUCAAGAGGUCAUGUCUAACUCCUCAAGACCCUUGCCCUGUGAGGUGUCCAGUUUGUCCUUGGAGGACUCCAGACCAGGGCUAGGUGCGAUGAUGAUCAUGACGACAAAUAAUAUUAAUGAUACAGUGGUACCUCGGGUUAAUUUGUUCCGGAGGUCCGUUCUUAACCUGAAACUGUUCUUAACCUGAAGCACCACUUUAGCUAAUGGGGCCUCCCACUGCCACCGGAGAAUGAUUUCUGUUCUCAUCCUGAAGCAAAGUUCUUAACCUGAAGCACUAUUUCUGGGUUAGUGGAGUCUGUAACCUGAAGCGUAUGUAACCUGAAGCGUAUGUAACCCGAUGUACCACUGUAUUAAGUUAAUACCCCAGAACUACAGCCCUUCCCCAAAAUUAUUGGGAGUGGGAACAGCUGUGUUCUCUAAAGUGGUGUGAAUAAAAUAUACGUAGGGACGUAGGCAACUGUCACAUCACAGGUCCCUGUACCUCAUGGACCCCUGAGGGUCAUCUAGUCCAACCCCUGGCAAUGCAGGAAUCUCAGUACAGUGGUACCUCGGGUUACAGAUGCUUCAGGUUACAGACUCCACUAACCCAGAAAUAGUACCUCAGGUUAAGAACUUUGCUUCAGGAUGAGAACAGAAAUCGUGCGGCGGCAGCAGGAGGCCCCAUUAGCUAAAGUGGUACCUCAGGUUAAGAACAGUUUCAGGUUAAGAACGGACCUCCAGAACGAAUUAAGUUCUUAACCUGAGGUACGUUCGUGGGAUUUCAAGAAGCUCUGUGAAAGGUUGAGGAGUAUUGUAAAAAAGAAAAUAAGAUUAGGAAGGUAUAUAAAAAGGCAGUAUUAAAUUUAGGAAAUGCGUAACUAAAAUUUAAUUACGGAUGAUUGGCAGAUAAGCUGAAGGAAGUCCAUAAUAUAUAAUUUGUGAUAAACCUUUGAUAUGGUAUUAUAUGUAUAUUAUAUUGAAAAUUAAUAAAAACUUUUAUAGAGAAAAAAGUUCUUAACCUGAGGUACCACUGUAUUGUCUUACGCUGACUGGCAGUGGCUCUUCAGGGGUUUCAGACAGGGCCUUCUCUGCUCUGCUGGAGAUCAAACAGCAGACCUUCCGCAUGCCAAGCAGAUGUUCUGCCACUCAGCCGCCGUCCUUCGAUUCCCACAUUACAGGGGGUUGGGCUAGAUGACCGCUGGGUCCCUUCUAACCCUACAAUUCUAUGAUUCCAUUCUCUCCACCUGCUUCUCUCUCUGAUAGGGUUCGGCUUGCUUUGAGGUUCUUGGCAGGCGUCUCGCAAGCCACAAUUGGGUCACAUGGGCAGCGUGUUAAAACAUGCUGGAGAAAAGGCUGUGUCUUGUUUCUGCUUCAGAUAUAAUUUAGUAAGGUCAUAUGCAAGCUUCAUCUUACAAGCCGCAAUUGAUUCAUGUGAGCAACAAGGCAUGCUUGCAUCUCUCCUGAAACCACAUGACCUCUGGCUCGCAAUGUACUCUAGCAGUGUGAUAAGCUCCCCAAACUCUAGAUGUGAGUCUUUCUGCAAUACUUCUGCCUACUUAAAUUUUGUUUGCUCGUUUUUUUCUGCUCUGGCCUCCAGCCAGGGUGAUGAAUACACCCGUUCUCCGUGGAUUUCAUGAGACGAUCACCUGUCUUUGUAGAGGGAACAGUUCCACCUUCUCUUCCACCUGAUGCCCUCAGGACUGAAGAACUUCCAGGAUCCCACCCCUCCUUCUAUUCUCCUUUCCUUUUUCAAAAAGGAAAGGAAACGUUGAAAACAUGUGGUUUCUUUGGAAUAGCUUGGCUUGCUAACUUUGAGGGCAACUUGCCAGCUUAGCAGCCAUGCGAUAAUCUGCAGUUCAUUUAAGCAAGCAAGCAGCAGCAACAACAACAGAAAAUGCCUUUGCGUUGGUGGUUAUAGGGGAAUUUGGGAAGCCAGCCGUGUUGCAACACGGUGGGCCGGUCUCCACCUUUUAAAGGAGGCUGUUCCCUGACAGUGACGUUGAGCUCUCUCCUCCUUGCUCCAGAAGCAACAAGGAACAUUGCUUGACUGACCAGGGGUCCAAGUAAGUUCACUCUCUCUGCUUCUGCCCAGCUCUUUCUCUUGCUUCCAUUUAAUGCUCUGAUACUUUGAGGAAUGUGUUGCUGAGCAAAUGCACGAUGACCUCUUGACUGAGCUUUGCUUUAAAUGGACAGGGGACUGUUGUUCUUUUCAUCCCGCAAAAGCCUCUUUUUUUAGCACGCUCAUGAAUUGUGACUUGUUCAGGCCUCUCGGCCACUGUUUGUUGUCUUAUUUUUAAAUGCCUAUUUUUAUGUUACUUGCUCAGCAGGGGCAGAACCCUUGCCUUGCAUGGAGAAAGUCCCAGGUUGAGUUCUCAGAGACCCUCUGCCAGUCAGUGCAAGCAAUAUAUAGCUGGGUGUUCUCUGUAUAAGGGAGCUCCCCAUGUUCUUUGGAGGGAAAGACCUGCAACUCAGUGAGAGAGAAUGCAGGAGAUCUCAGAUUCAAUCUCCGACACCUCCAGCUAUGACUCAGAAUGUCCCCUGCUGGAAACCCGAGAGAGAUGCUGCCAGUCAGUGUGGACAAUACUGUGUUAGGUGGACCAAUGGUCUGAGUCAGGAUAAGGCAGCUUCCUAUGUGAAUAUCAAUGCAAAACAGAACUGCCCCGGCUUUCAGUCCGUUCAAUUCAAAACGUAGGUGCUUAUCUUUGAACCUGAGACCCAGAGACCUGCCAGUAGGGCUGUGUUGAGGAAUUGCAAUUCUGUGGAUUGAAAUGCACAAAUCUGCAGAUCCGGGAUGGAAUCAUUCUUCAGAUUUUGCACUUGUUUGCACUUUCUGAUGCAGUUCUUGGUCGGAGAGCAUGCGCACAAAAAGGAGAAAAAUAAAUAGGCAACGUUUUGAAGAAAAGAAGGAGAAAAACCGGCUGAGUUCUGUUGGCCAAUCCCCUUUAAAUCAUGCAGGAUUAUUCAUUGACUGAUAAUCUCUAGAUUCAGGGGUAGAAUGACCCUGGAACCUGAUUGUUGGGGCACUGGCAUGAUCAGGUAAGGACUUUGGGGCAGGUGUCCAGAGUCCAGCACAAUGAGUAGGAAAGCCACCAAAUUAAUUGGUUCUGGUUUAGCACUUUUUGGAGUAAGUUAAAAAAAACAAAACCCAACUAAAUCAGGGGCAUGAAACCAUGCAGACCAAAGUUUGGAAUCAUAAAGCAAAGGGGGGAGGAGAGAAAGGAAACCAAAGGUGGUUGAACCAGGCUUGUGCUAGGCAGAUGUAGGGCAGAGCAGUAUUUCAUCUCCUAUUUAUUUAUUUCAUGAGAUUUGUAUCCUGUUAGAUUGUAAAACCAACCAACCUCAAAGCAAAAAGAGUAGAGCGAUAUUAUUAAUUGAAACAAUCAAAACGUUCAAAUAAUUAAAACCAGCAAUAAACAAAAAACACAUCAGCAUUGUAAACAUCCAGAUAGGUUUGUCUAAACCAAAAAGUUUUUAGCAGGCACCAAAAAGAAUCCAGUGAAGGCUCCUGCCUACUAUCAAUUGGCAGUGAGUUCCAAAGCGCUGCUAGGCUAAAAGAUGGGUUUCUUAUAGUGCAAAAUGACUUUUGAACUCCUUUCCCUUUCCAGGGAUUGUGUGCAGUGGUGUCCAUUGGGAGGGUGGAAGGUAACAGUAGGUGGAGCCAGAACCAACGAGAAGAAAAGUCAACUGAUUUUAGUCUUGUCCCCAUCCUCCUCGCCUGCUGAGUUCUGCAGGGGGCAAUCUUGAGCCUGAGGAGGGGGACGUUGACAGGGAGGACUCCAUCCCUGGACUUGCUGAAAUUAAGAAGGCAGGCAGCAGUUGGUGGGACAGAACCUUGUUCACCCAAGUAGUCUAGCCUCCAUGCAAUGAUUUCCUCCCCACUGGCAAUGGCGGAAGAGAUAUUCACUAUGCCAGCUCCAGGGUUGCUGUGGUUUCCUUCUUGAUUUGAAGGCAGAUUUAGGGGAAGUUAUAGGUACUUUAUAGAAUCAUAGAAUUGUAGAGUUGGAAGGGUCAUGUAAUCCAACCUCCUGCAAUGCAGGAAUCUUUUGCCCAACGUGGGACUCAAACCCAUGGCCCUGAGCUUAAAAGCCUCAUACUCUACCAACUAUCUGCUUAAUUUCUUUUUCUGCAUCCAAGGAGGGAGGUCUAAUGCUACAUUUGGCCCUUGCAACACCCUCUCAGGAACCGUGGGUUGAGUUGCCUAAAUGUAUCACCAUUUGGAAAGCACUCACAUGAUUAUUUGAUUAAGCGGUAUACAAAUCUUGCUUGUGUUUGGGUAUUGCUUGCUGGCUUCCCACAGGCAAUUGGUUUGUUAUGGUGAAAACAGGAUGCUGGACUAGAUUGGACCGGUGGCCUGAUCCAGCAGGGGUUUUCUUAUUUCUUAUUUUCUUACCAAAGGGUUGCACCAACAAGUACAAAAUAACCCCUCUGCAGCACCACAAAUCCAACUCAAUGGUGUAAUGCUGGAAAAUGUCAAUCACUUCUCCUACCUAGGCAGUUAUCUUUCCACAAGUGCCAACACUGAUGCUGAAAUCCAGCAUUGCCUGAGCUCUGUGAGUGCGGCUUUCUCCCGAUUGAAGUGCAGAGUGUUUGAGGACCAGGACAUUCAUAGGGAAACCAAAAUGCUUGUUUACAAAGCUGUAGUACUGCCAACCUUACUAUAUGCUUGUGAAACAUGGACCACUUAUAAACGCUAUAUCCAGCUCCUUGAAAGAUUCCAUCAACGGUGUCUCCGAAAAAUUUUACACAUCACUUGGGAAGACAGGCCAACUAAUAUCAGUGUACAGUGGUACCUCGCAAGACGAAUGCCUCGCAAGACAAAAAACUCGCUAAAGGGUUCUUUGUUUUUUGAGCUGCUUCGCAAGACGAUUUUCCCUAUGGGCUUGCUUCGCAAGACGGAAACGUCUUGCAAGUUUGUUUCCUUUUUCUUAACACCGUUAAUACAGUUGCGACUUGACUUCGAGGAGCAACUCAUAGAACGCGGUGUGGUAGCCUUUUUUGAGGUUUUUAAAGACUUUGGUGAUUUUUGAAGCUUUUCCAAAACUUUCCCGACACCGUGCUUCGAAAGACGAAAAAAAAUCGCAAGACGACAAAACUCGUGGAACGAAUUAAUUUCGUCUUGCGAGGCACCACUGUACUGGAAGAAGCAAAGAUCACCAGUGUUGAAGCAAUGAUUCUUCAACAUCAACUUCGUUGGACUGGUCAUGUUGUGCGGAUGCCUGAUGAUCGUCUUCCAAAGCAACUACUCUAUUCUGAACUUAAAAAUGGAAAGCGUAAUGCUGGUGGUCAACAAAAGAGGUUUAAAGACUGUCUCAAGGCAAAUCUAAAAAAAUGUAGUACAAACACUGACAACUGGGAAACACUGGCCUGCGAGCACUCCAGUUGGAGAACAGCCUUUACCAAAGGUAUCAUGGGCUUUGAAAACACUCGAACUCAGGACGCAAGGGAGAAACGUGCUAAGAGGAAGGCAAGCUUGGCAAAUCCACACUGUGAUCAACUCCCACCUGGAAACCAAUGUCCCCACUGUGGAAGGAUGUGUGGAUCCAGAAUUGGCCUCCACAGUUACUUACGGACUCACUGUUAAAACCGUGUUUAUGGAAGACAAUCUUACUCGGCUACGAGUGAUUGCCAAAGAAAGAAAGAGGACACUAAAUAAGAAUAAGGAAAUAAUAUUAUCGACAGGGGGAAGCAAGCAGCAAUGGGAACUCUCACUUCAUUUAGAGAAAAAAAUAGAAACUGCUUAAUUGAUCGAACGAACCAACUUCUACGUGGUUGACAUAAACCAAUUAUUAAUAAUACACAAAUGCACCAAUAAUACACAAAUAUUUAAAACAAGCAUAAAGAGCUAAAUUAUAAUACUUGCCUUUGUGCCCUCCUUGUGGGAACCCCAGAGGCAUUUGGAUGGUCAUUGCUGGAAACUGGAUUAGAAGGGCAUUUUGUCUCAUUUAGCUGCAGUUUUAUAAGUGCAAGAGGUUCCUCCUUGUUUCCCCCCCUCCACACCAUUCAUGAUAUUUAUAGAGAUUUUUACAACUUGACAACUGGGCGAAGAGGAAGAAUGACUUACAAGGCAUGUUGGAGAAUUCUGAAGAAAACAGAAAGGGAAGUGGACGUUCUUGAUGUUGGCUUAUUCUUUCUGAAGGCAGCCCUGUUUAGGGAAGCUUUUAAUGUUUAAUAGGUUGUUGUAAUUUAAUAUUGUGUUGGAAGCCACCCAGAGUGGCUGGGGAAACCCAGCCUGAUGGGCGGGGUAUAAAUAAGUUGUAGUUGUUGUUGUUGUUGUUGUUGUUGUUGUUGUUGUUGUUGUUCCCAGAGCAGAAAUCAGUGCAGGGAAUAUGAACAGUAUUUUCUAUGGUGUUGCUUUCAGUCUGCAAAUGGUACAGAGUUGAUUGUGUUCCCCAACCCGACCCCAAAUCUGCAUUGUUCUUCCUUUGCAUUGUGUUGAAAGGGGUGCAAUGACACAAAGACAAUAUAACUUGCACAAAUCGCGCCAUUUUGCCACAGUGGACAGCGAGAUUAAGAAUGCAGGUUUUUGGCCUAAGACGAACUGCAGUGGAAUGCAAACGGCGCUGCAUGCAACAAGUAAUUGGUGGGAUGGAAACAAAGCCUUCAUACAUGCCUGCUUAGGAAGCUACAGGCAAGUCUUAGCAAUGGUCAUUUGGGUCAUCCCAGUCACACAUGCAAGCUAUUUCGCAAUGCAAUGGCUAACCUGCAUGUGCAAAGCUGGUCUUGGCUUAGGCAGAAAAAACGUUUGUUUUGAUCCAGCAAAGCCUUUGAGGCUGUAGUAUACACAGGCCCACCUAGCUCUUGGCUGCAGUGACUUUCGCAUCCCCUAUUUAAUCCCACUUGCACAAAUGCUCUGCUUGUGCAUGAAAGGUUUUAGGAUCUGAAGCAGUGACUUGACCCAGGCAGCUUGUAAGAAUUGGCUUGAUAGAGUACACCAAGCGCAGCCUUCCAGAUUUUGCUGGAUUCCUCAAUUUCCAUCACCUCCAGCCAGCAUGGCCAGGGAUGAUUGGAACUGGAGUCCAGCAAUAUCUGGUGCCCCCAUUGGCUACCUCUGGAUUAGAAGAAGAAGAAGAAGAAGAAGAGUAGUAGUAGUAGUAGUAGUAGUAGUAGUUUGGAUUUGAUAUCCUGCUUUGUCACUACCCGAAGGAGUCUCAAAGCGGCUAACAUUCUCCUUUCCCUUCCUCCCCCACAGCAAACACUCUGUGAGGUGAGUGAGGCUGAGAGACUUCAGAGAAGUGUGACUAGCCCAAGGUCACCCAGCAGCUGCAUGUGGAGGAGCAGAGACGCGAACCUGGUUCCCCAGAUUACGAGACUAUCGCUCUUAAUCACUACACCACACUGGCUCUCCACAUCAGUCUCUAUUUAGCUCAGUCCUUCUACACUGACUGGCAGUGACCGUCCAAGAUUCCUGGCAGGGGACUUUCCUCUCCCUCCUUGGAGAUGCCAUGGAGUGAACUGGGGACAUUUUGCAUGCAAAGCACGUCCUCUGCCUCUAAAAGAGAUACCCACUCCUUAUUAUUUGCAUCUAGGACUGUAAGGUACAUUGCAUCUGAAUGAGGAGGUUCUACCUAGGACUCCCGUACCUACAGGACCGCCUCUCCUGGUAUGCCCCGCGGAGGACCUUAAGGUCCACAAAUGACAACACUUUGGAGGUCCCAAGCCGCAAGGUGGUUAGAUUGGCCUUAACUAGGGCCAGGGCCUUUUCAGUACUGGCCCCGAUUUGGUGGAAUGCUCUGUCACAAGAGACUAGGGCCCUGCGGGACUUGACAUCUUUCCGCAGGGCCUGCAAGAAAGAGCUGUUCCACUUGGCCUUUGAUUUGGACUCAGUCUGACCCUUAUGUUUCCCUCCCCUUAAGGUUUGGAUCUAUGGACUACUUUUAAAAUGAGGCUGCAUUUUAAAUUGUAUUUUAACCUGUAUUUUAAAUUGUUUUUUUUCUAUUAUAUUUUUAUUGUAAUUUUGCUGGUGUUAGCUGCCCUGAGCCUGGCUCUAGCCGGGGAGGGCAGGUUAUAAAUGAAAUUUCUUCUUCUUCUUCUUCUUCUUCUUCUUCUUCUUCUUCAUCAUUAUUACUGAGCAAGACGUUUUGCUGCCACUGGGCUGGCAGCUGAAUCUUUCUGGCAAGAGGAGGACAUUCUCCACCGCACCUGAAGCAAAAUGCUAGUUUUUUGUUGUUUAGUCGUUUAGUCGUGUCCGACUCUUCGUGACCCCAUGGACCAGAGCACGCCAGGCACUCCUAUCUUCCACUGCCUCCCGCACUUUGGUCAAACUCAUGCUGGUAGCUUUGAGAACACUGUCCAACCAUCUCGUCCUCUGUCGUCCCCUUCUCUUUGUGCCCUCCAUCUUUCCCAACCUCAGGGUCUUUUCCAGGGAGUCUUCUCUUUUCAUGAGGUGGCCAAAGUAUUGGAGCCUCAGCUUCAGGAUCCGUCCUUCCAGUGAACACUCAGGGCUGAUUUCCUUAAGAAUGGAUAGGUUUGAUCUUCUUGCAGUCCAUGGGACUCUCAAGGGUCUCCUCCAGCACCAGAAUUCAAAAGCAUCAAUUCUUCAGCAAUCAGCCUUCUUUAUGGUCCAGCUCUCACUUCCAUACAUUACUACUGGGAAAACCAUAGCUUUAACUAUGGGGGGGGGGCAGACUGACCAUGUGACAUUCACACCUCUGUUUUCCUACAGAGGAACAUCUUGGGGUGGGGGCAUUCAGGAAAAACAGCUAGCGGGGGCUGCCACCCACUCUCCUCAGCAUCUUCUGCUUAAGGCAGGUCGCUUCACUUUGGCUAAUGGUAGGGGAGGCCCUGGUUAUCAUGAUCCUGAGCCGAUCUAAUCCCUCCCAGUCCCAUCCCAUGGAGGGAUAAACCAGUCCCUCUGCAAGUCACCCUUCUGAGUUGCUGCAAGGGUCAGGGCACUUAGCACAUGGUGCUGUUACGGGAAUGACUGUGGGUGUUCCCUGGUGAGAGCAGGGAGGUCCAGGGGUGGGGAGAGCUAGCCUUUCCCUCCUUUUUAGCCUGAGCUUCAUUUGGGAGCGAGAGCAGCAGAGGAGAGAGCAAUACUACUCCCUAUAAAUACAUACUUGGCAUAAUUAGUAGGUAGAAGUGGUUCUCUCUGGAAUUUCUGUAUUUCGGGUCUAUGUUAUUCCCCACAUGUUUUCUGCUUCGGUUUCUAUUUACGUUUAAAGAGAUACUUAUCUAAUUGUAACCUGUGGGACUUUAACAUGUGGAUUCUUUUGCUUGUACUUUGUGUAUUCUUUGUGAUUUUCUUUUUAGGGUGUUGCGAAUCCUCUCAGAGAUUUUCUGUGCAAUAUGGAGCAGAUUCCUAAAUAAAGAAUCCUGCUUUUUUAAUCAUAAUAAAAAACCCCAUCCAAGUCAGCAGUCAUCAUAUAACAUCUUGCGUCAGUUGUUACCAUUUGUUAGAUGUAGCUUGUGUUUUUAGUUGUGAUAAUAUUUUGUUUGCUUUUGAAACGUUUAGAGUUUGUUUAAUUUUUUUAAAAAAUACUGAGUUCCUUUGGAAGGAGGGGCGGGACAAAAAUCUAACGAAACAGAAGUGCUGAAGAGUUUUGUGAGGCAUCUGAACCUUGCCAAUUUUUUAAUUUUUUAUCUUGAGCAGAAUUCGGUUGCAUUCCUGCCCUCUGCCGAAAUGCAGCGACAAUUGUGCUGUCAAGCCAUUCAAAGAAGGGGAGGAAGGAAUUGAAGUGGGAAGAAGAGGAGGGCUGUUCAAAACGUUAAAAAAUUAAAAAUUUUAAGAGGUCAGAUUCCCUGGCUGGUUAAUCAUCAGCAGGAGAUAAAGGGACCCAAAGUGUGUUUGCUCUGCAUUGCAACUGAAGUUUGUUUAGAGAUCUUGAGCAUGGCUUGCUUAAAAGGUUAAAACUCUUGCAUACAAAAUGCUGACAUGGCUGAUGUUUGAGGGCACUGAACUGUGGAGUCAGGCCUUUUUUGGCUACAAGCGGAAUUAUAAAUAGUUGGGUUUUUUUUAAGAGAUCUACUUGGCAACAGGAGCUGGUCAAAAUAAACCCCAGCUCCAGAGCUGAAACUGACACAAGCUCAAAAAAGAACAGUUGGUAUCUUGGGAACUUGCUGCUGCGGGAUACUUUAAUGGCAAUUUUUAAAGCUAUCCUAUGCAGAACUGAGUCUUGACUUUUAGCUAUUGGUAUGAGGGUUUUUUUUAAAUGUAAUGCAUCAUACAGUGUUACCUCAGGUUACAUAUGCUUCAGGUUACAUACGCUUCAGGUUCUCCGCUAACCCAGAAAUAGUGCUUCAGAUUAAGAACUUUGCUUCAGGAUGAGAACAGAAAUCGUGCUUUGGCAGAGUGGCAGCAGCAGGAGGCCCCAUUAGCUAAAGUGGUGCUUCAGGUUAAGAACAGUUUCAGGUUAAGAACGGACCUCCGGAACGAAUUAAGUAUUUAACCCAAGGUGCCACUAUACACCCAAAGGCAGAAGAGAAAAGAGAGUACAGUGGUACCUCCAGUUACGAACGGAAUCUGUUCCGGAGGCACGGCCGUAUCCCAAAAAUUUCGUAACUGGAGGCGCCCUUCUGCACAUGUGUGUGGUGCAAUUGAGCGCUUCUGUGCACAUGCACGGUGUGCAGAGCGCUUCUGCGCAUGUGGCAAAAACUGAAAGUAUACACUUCCGGGUUUGCCGCGUUCACACCCCAAGGAUUACGUUACCCAAAGGUAACAUAACCCGAGGGUCCACUGUACACUGGCAGCAUGUGCUGAUUCUAUUACUUGGACAUCAACAUACCCAUACUGUACCGUUAAAAUAAUUACUGUACCACAGAGUUAUCCAGAGUUGCAGUUGUAUCUCAGGAGGCAAACUCGGUGAGAGAGAGCAAUCAAAACAAAUUUAGUUGGAAUUAAGGGUGGCAAACAAUUCUCCCUUUCCCAUAAAAUUUUGUGGAAGCUUUUUCAUAAUACAGUACAGUGGUACCUCAGUUUUUGAACGUAAUCCAUUCCGGAAGGUGGUUCGACUUCUGCAACGUUCGAAAACCGAGGCGCAAAGGGUGGUCUGCAAAUUUAAUUGAGAAAAUUGAGAAACACUCAGCGGAAGCCAUUUGACUUCUGGGGCACGUUUGAAAAUGGAAGGAUUAACUUCUGAGUUUUCGGCGUUCGAAAACUGAAAUGUUCGACUUCCGAGACGUUCGAAAACCAAGGUACCACUGUACUAAUUUAAAUAAAAACAAAAAGGAAAGAGAAAAGAAAAUGCAAAGUCUUAACUUUUGUCUCACACAGAAAGGGGUGGAGCCUCACAGCUUUCACUUGGGAGUUUCCCUUUCUUCUCCCGGUCUCCCACCCUGGAAGAUCUUCCUCUUCCUUGCAUCUCACAAAGGGUCCUAAGGGUGACAGACAAUUAAACUGAGCAAUCAAUAACAAGAUUCCUUUUGUGCCAGGGAUUCUUCCAGGGUCUCCUUGCCACUGGGGAGCAGGGCUUGAGCAAACGGCGAGAGGGUCUGCAAUCAAAAAGCAAGCAAUUGCAAAAACAGACAAUGGGUAUAGCUCUUACCUGUGUCCAGUAAGCUACAUUCCAAGCCACCAAAAAGUGGCUGCACAUCUCUGUGUUCUCUAUCCAGGCAAGCAUAAACCUGGCACUACCAGGACCUCUGACGGAGGCAGCCUGUUGAUGUGACAUUGCUCUGUGUAAACAGCUGAGGGGGCUCAGAUCCAAAUCCAGAUUGCUGGUUCUCCUGUUUUGCAUCCUAAACCGAAGCCAUGCUGAAGGUUGGGACUCAGUCCAAUACAUGAAGUGCUAUCAUUAAGGAAAUGACAUAGCUGUUGUUCCUGUUUCCCCCCCAGACAGAACGGUCUGUGUUCCCGAGCUAGAAGAUUGGCAUCAUGGAUGGAAAAAUGGUUCUGCAGCAAGCUAAAGACAACCCCCCAUUCUUGGACAAAAGCCUGGUGAAGAGAGCAUGUCUCCCUGUUUCAAAGCUAAAGGUAAAAACCUCCCUUUCUCUGCAACAAAUGGCUACAAAAUUCCAGAUGGUUCAAAAGCAUGGUCCCUAGCCUUGUCUCCCUCUAUUUUCCUUCCGCAUAUUAAAUUGUAAGCUCCUUGAGGCCAGAGACUUGUCUGUUUCUAUCUCUGUGGUUGAGAUGUUAUAUUAUUUUGAGACAAUAGCUCCUUUGUCAACUCACGUUUUCCUUUGUGUUCACCCCAGAUAUUCCUCGGGGCGCUGUCGUUUUCCUUCUUCUCCAAAGCAUUUACGGGAAGCUACAUGAAGAGUGUGAUGACUCAGAUUGAGAGGAGAUUUGAAAUCCCAUCGUUUGUGGUCGGACUGAUUGAUGGAAGCUUUGAGAUAGGUAUACCCGUUUCCUUCCCCUCACCCCUCACAGGAGGUAACCUACCAUAGUUUCGCAGUGGAAAGGCCUUCUGCCUCUCCCUGAACCACCCCCACCCCGCAAUUCAUCACAUCUCUUCUCCUCAUGUAGGAAACUUAUUGGUGCUGAUCUUGGUGAGUUACCUGGGCCCAAAAGUUCAUCGUCCAAAGGUGAUUGCGGUUGGGUGCCUCAUCAUGUCCCUGGGGUCGUUUGUGUCAAUUGUGCCUCACUUCAUAAUGGGGCGGUAAGUACAGCAUUAACAAUUACCAACAUUAGCAUCCUUAGGGAAAUGCCUGUCACCAGGGAGGGUGGUCCAUGGGCUAAGACAGAUGAGCAUCAAAAAGAGGACCAGAGUGUUGUGAAUGCUUUGUAGAGGGAAGGACUAUAAUUAAGCAGCAGAUCAAUUCUCAACAUCUCAAAGUUGGACUGAGUGGAGUCAACCGUAUCUGAAGCCUCAGAGAGUUUCUGCUGAGCAGCGCAGACAUUUGUUUUGGUCCUGUGUUGUUGGCAGGGGAUGUUUGGAUAUCACACACUUCAUUGGGGCUCUGCUGGAGAAGUUUGGGCGUACCAAAUAUCAAGGAUAGCCAUUGGGCAUGGCAGCGUUUGGGCUGUUGUCGAGAAGCCUUGGUUGUGACGUUAUGGGCAUAGGCCCCAAAGUCUGGUUGCGAUGGCACUGCACCCGCAAGGAAUCCAGGACAUAAAAUUAGUAAAUAACUAAAUAAAUAACUUUUCCUAACUUUUUGGAAAAGAGCAGUGCAUCAUUCUUAUGACAUUGCACCAUUUGCCAUGAAGCAACCAUCAAUUGUCUCAUUGCCUCACAAAGCAGCUGCCAAUAGGGUUGUAGUAGACCAUCUGCUUCGCAUGCAGAAGAUACCAUGUUCAAUUUUCAGCGGCAUUUCUGGGUUGGGCUGGGAGGAACACCCUGCCUGCUGAGCUAGAUGGAUACAAUGCUUUAACUCAAUAUAAGUCAGCUCCCUUUGCUCCUAUGUACCACUCAGAAUUAAAGGGUAUUAAUAGUAUCAUCAUCAUCAUCAUCAACAUCAUCAUCAUCAUCAUUGUUAUUAUUAACAAAUAUUUUAAAACCCUUCCACAUUUCCAUCACACGGCAUUUGUUUCUUUCUUCUUCUUUUUAAAGUUACAAUUACAAGAGCAUUGCGGUUUCUGUGACCAAUUCUUCUGCGAGUGUGUCGGCUUGCUCAACAACCAUUCCUUCCCACCAUGUGAUAGACGACUUGGAAAGUUUUCAAAAUGCAAGUGCUCUUGGUAAGCAAACCUUUGGUGGCUCCCAAGGUGAGCUGUGCCCCCGUCUCUUGGUGUGCACAUGAAGAGAUGCAGGGCAUAAUUUUAUCAUGUAGACUUAUUAGUCUCUCUCAUGCCCUGACACCUUUGGGGCAGGUUGCUGUAUGGCCUUAUGCCACCAACACCUCUUUAUGUAGCAACUGGUACUGUGAUUUUCCAGGCUGAACAAUUCAUAUUCAGCCCUCUAAUAUCAGUCUCUAUUGUAGCCAUAAGAGAACUACCCCUGUAUGAAACGAUGGUUGCAUAUGCACCAUUCAUUCAAACCAAACACCUCCCAACCCCUCAAAAUCAAGGGAUCUGUAGUUUACCCCAUAAAGCUGCAAUUACCAGCACCCUUAACAAACUACAGUUCUUGGAAUUCUUUGGGGUGUAUGUGUGUGUUUUGAAUGUGCUUUAAAUGUAUUGCUGAACGCACACUGAUCUCUGAGCAGCAAGAGACUUCAGCGGUUUCUGUGCUUACCCAGGUGAAGGCCAAUGGAAAUGCGGGUGUCUUUGGGAUAUAUGCCUUUAUUUGCACAUCUAUACAACCCAAGCAUGCUAUGGAGGGGCUCACAGCAUUCACACCCUAACUGAUCUUGCUUCCUCAUCUGGUUAGCCCCAAGCCUCUACUUUGGGUAUCCAGCUUCCAGCUCCAGCCAAAACUCACACAGCUCCACUUGGCCUAUUGUUCUCCAUCCUAGGAUUGACAUGGCUUGAGCCAAGUGAGGUGAGGAAAGGCCCACCCAUUUGUCUCUAUGGCACUCUGUGGUACUUAACUGGACAGCUACAGUAUGACUAUUCCCUUAGCAAAGGAACUAGAUAGACCUGUUUACCAGGUUUCCUCUUAUACAUCCUACCUGCACAGGAUAUAGGAUUGCAUCUUUGGAAAGGACUGCUGGGUAUCAUCCAGACCAGCAGUUACAAUCGAUUUAUGCCCUCCACUGCUGCUACAGUUGCUAUUACAGUUUCUCUUCUUCAAUAUUGCUUGCCAGACCAAGGAUUUCAGUUUUCAGUGUCCAGAUUUGGCUGGCAUUGAACAUCUGUAGCUGAAACAUCUGUUUCCCAUCAUCAUUCUCUUUAACUGAGAACUCAGCUGGUCGAGUGUCCACAGUGCAUUUUACGAGCUCCCUUUUUCUAACAGCAAACUUAGAUGGCUGAGAGCUGGCAGGAUUUAAGCCAGAACCAGGUCACUGGGGAACAAGCAGACUUAUGGGGAACUCCAAGGUUUCCAGGAAUAUAAAAAACCAAAAUAAAAAGUCGGGAAACAGUUCUGCAGGGGGAAACAAAAGCAAAAGACUCAAUGAACUCUCAGCACAUUCAGUGCUCAUGGAAUAGUGAUAGUACAAGCAGCUUUUCUUCUUCUUUAUCUCUUUGACUUUGUUUUUGUAGUUGUUCUUGCUGCUGUCCCAGCCUUUGGUCACUAAGCAGAAGCAUGCAAUUGGGUGGGUGAGGCAAAAGAGGGCAGAACAACAAAUGCUCAUUGCACCUCUGUACAGUAGGCUAGUUUCUACACGCACACCAACACACGCCUGUAUCCUCCACCCAGGCAAGCAAGAAGCAUGAUCAGAGUUCAAGGACACAUUCCACACAGGCAAAAACACCCAUGGAUGAUGCAAGGCAGACAGCGAUGGGUUGUGGCCUGGGGAGAGUCACUUGGUGGGCCACAUUUGACACCCAAGCCAGUCAUUUCCCAUUCCUGCCAUUAAAAAAUGUGUAUGCACUCUAUACCUGCUGCCUUGAGAGACAUCAUCAGGAGAAGAAAAGGCUAAGGAGCUAACUGUGCGCCAGGGGUUGGCAACCUAAAGCCCAUGGGCCCACAAGCUGCCCCCAAACCGAAGCACUCACUCGGCAAGUCCCUGCGCACUGCACUAAACUGGUGCAGCAUGGCACAGGGACUGUCUUCCGUGGCUCCGGAAAUCGCUUCUGUGCAUGCCCAGAUGCCAAAAAUCACGUCUGCACAUGUCCACAGUGCCAGAAAUCGCUUCUGCGUAUGCCCAGAUGCUGAAAAUCGUGCAGGUGCGAUUUUUGGCACCGUGGACAUGCACAGAUGUGAUUUUCAGUGUUGCGCUGUGCUGGUCCGGCCCAUGGUUUUUAACACUUGAUUGGAAGCUGCCCAGAGUGGCUGGGGAAACUCAGCCAGAUGGGUGGGGUAUAAAUAAUAAAUUAUUAUUAUUAUUAUUAUUAUUAUUAUUAUUAUUAUUAUUGAGGAUCGCCACAGGAGUGAUCCAGCCCAUGCCCGGUAAGCUGUGCCGACCCCUGCCCUACGCAAACCCGAAGUCCCUAAGCUGGUUGGAUGGCAUCUUGUAUGCCUCCUUCCGGCGACUCCUGCAGCCAAGCUGGUGCCAAACAUCUUGCUCUGCUUUCCUUUGGACCACAUCACUGAGGCUGAGAGGGGAGUCUUGUCAUCUGGGCAGCCCAGGACCUCCAUACACACUGCCCAGGCUUGCGCCCUGGGGAGGUCACUUUGGUGAUGCUAAGGCAGCAAAAACAACACAGGAGGCAGCAGUUACGAGUUAUUGGUCUCUGCAGCCACAGCAGAUGCUGUGAUCCAUGGACUCCCCUUCCUUGGAUGUUUUUAAGCAGAGGUUGGGUGGCCAUUUGCCAUGGGUGCUUUAGCUGAGAUUCCUGCAUUGCCCCAUGGGGUCCCUUCCAGCUCUACAAUUCUGUGAGACAGGUGCUCUAGAUUUAAUUGGUGCAAUGGCACGGCAGUGGCACUGGUGGUGGAAUCUAUCCACCUUUUGCUCUGUGCCACCUCUACAGUUUGCAUCUCUGCCCUCAUGACCCUUUGAAGCUGCCAAUAGCCCUGCAAGGGAAAACGAAUAGGGCACAGCAGAUUCGUUCACCAAGCUGUGUGCCAUCCUUUGCCCGCAGGUUGUGAAAAAUCGACGAGCUCCUACCUGUGGCUGUUUGUCCUUGCUGGGAAUAUUCUUCGUGGAAUCGGUGAAGCUCCCGUGAUGCCCCUGGGGCUGUCGUACAUCGAUGAUUUUGCCACGGAACAAAACUCGGCCUUUUACAUAGGUAAAAUAAGCCAGGUGAUCCCACCCCAUUAAAGAUCAGAACUGGGUUGAAAAGCAGCCUUCUGAAUGUCUGCAUUGUCUUACCAGCUCUUGGCUGUUUCUUGGUUGCUUUAAAAUAUCUUAAGGCUGUUUAUGUUCUGGUUUAAAAUAUUUGUGCCUUCUCACAGCUUAAGAAUGCAUAUCAGCCACCAAGGCAAACUGAACAGAUAAAAAAGUGAGCAAAAUUUGUGUGAAGAGGAAAGGGCCUCCUCCCUGCCUCAUUUGCAGGUUUUGAUCAAAGAAAGCAUUUUGUCAGGUUUUGGAAGAAUAAAAUUGGGGGAACUAUCAUUGGGUAGCAGUGGAGAGCCUCACAGUGGCCUGCAAUUGCUAGCUGCCAUCCUUUCUAUCCCAGAAUGACACAUGGUUUCCCCCAAAGAAGCAGCCAUUCCCAACACAUUGAAAAACUGCUUCCCUAAAAAUAAUAAUCAAGGGAGGAGUAAUGUAUGGUGCGGAUUAGAUCCGAGUCAUGGCAUAGCAUUGCUCCAAGGUGGGGUACCUGGGACUGGAGCGAGAUGAUGGUUUUUAGUGGAGACUACCAUUCUUUUUAGGGAUGUGGGUGGCGCUGUGGGUUAAACCACAGAGCCUAGGACUUGCUGAUCAGAAGGUUGGCGGUUCGAAUCCCCGUGACGGGGUGAGCUCCCGUUGCUCGGUCCCUGCUCCUGCCAACCUAGCAGUUUGAAAGCACAUCAAAGUGCAAGUAGAUAAAUAGGUACCGCUCUGGCGGGAAGGUAAACGGUGUUUCCGUGCGCUGCUCUGGUUCACCAGAAGCGGCUUAGUCAUGCUGGCCACAUGACUCGGCCAGUAAAGCGAGAUGAGCACCGCAACCCCAGAGUCGGCCACGACUGGUCCUAAUGGUCAGGGGUCCCUUUACCUUUACCAUUCUUUUCCCUCAGAACCCCAGUUGCAAAAAAACACUCCCCGUCCCCAAAACACAACAACACCUGUGUAAUUGGAUGGAGAUUCACUCCACUUUUGAAGGUCUCAACACAGCCUUUCCCAAAGACUUGGGGCUGCAUUCCCACUCUCACUUACCUGGAAGAAUUGAUCCACUGAACUUCUAGGGCUUCUUUCAGAUGAGACAUAUAUAGGAUUGCAUUCUGGGUCUUUGAUCAGGUUGGGAUUGCAUUCUGGUAGGGCAGAGAGGGGCCCUGGCAGGCCGCUCUGGUUCCCCACCCUGUUCUUCUGCAAUGCAGACAGCAGAUGACCCAGACUUUUGCCCAUCCUUCUACCCUGGCAGAGAGUAGCAUGCCCAAAGAUCGCCUCUUCUCUUCAUAGAUAAUCUUCUUCACCAUGCGCUGUAAAUAAGUCACUGUGCUGCCGUGUGAUAUUUUACAGGAAUAGUGAGAGCACUGGGAAUGUUUGGACCCUCAGCUGGCUUUCUGCUUGGAUCCUACUGUGCUAAUCUGUGGGUUGACAUUGGACUGGUAGAUACUGGUAAGGAACAAAUACCCAUAAUCGUAUCCAGUGUUUCGUCUCUGUUAACGUUGACUCUCCUGUCCAGCGAGUGCUGAGUGCCAAUUGUCCUCUUCUGCUGUGGCUUGGUAGCAAUUGUCAGGCCAGACCCUAGACAAUCCCCAGUAGGUCCUUCUGGAGCCCUGAGCUCUGGAAAAUAUUGUCUCAGCAAAGGACCACAGCCAUCAGAAGACUGAAGAAGGUGGGCAAGGCUUUGGGUUCCAGUGACUUCAUCCCAUGAUGCAGAAAGGGCCUAUUAGGAAUUCACAAAAUUAAGGUUCUCAGAGAGCUUCUCCAUCUGCAGAACCAAAAUGUGGAUUUGCACCUCUUUUCUCUCACCAUUAAUGUGGGGGGAUGUAAUCACAGGACGCUCUUCCCCAUCCCAGUUUUGUCCCAGGCCUUCCUGGGAAUGUGGGCUUUUCCUAUCCUUGGAAGAUCUGCAAUGGCCAAGAUUGAAAAGCCCUGCAUUUAAAGGGUGGAAGUUCCAGGACAACACUGGGGUGUGUAGGAUGUCUUGUGGAUGUCCUUACAUUAGUGGGGAGACAGGAAGGUGCAGUUCCACAUUUUGCUGUGGUGUGGACAAGCCCAGCAUCCAACCAGCUCUCUUCCAUCAGAGGAAAGCUGUGUAUUAUCAUCCAUAGACACUUCCUAGAAGAUUUACUAUUGCACACAAAUAAAUUUCAGGCUUCCUGCCCAGACUCCCUGUUAAACUAAACUAAACUCCCAUUUGUGGUUUUAAGUACAUUCUCCUACAAUCUCUCCAGCUGCUGGAUAUUACCCUCUUAACCCUCCUCUGGCGCUAACACCCUCCAUCUCCUAAAUUCCUCACUUCCUACAGUGUUACCUCCGCUUAGCUUGUCUCUUAGGCCCCAUCUGCCCCAUGCAUUUGAAGCAAUAUUAUAGCACUUUAAACAGCCAUGGCUUCCCCUAAAGAAUCCUGGGAGCUAUAGUUUGUUAACAGUGCUGAGACCUUCAUUCCCCUCCCAUAGCUACAAUUCCUAUUGUGGCUGAAUGGUCAAUCCCUUUUCCCACUGAGGCACUGAAAGAAUAUUUCUGAAUAUCAGUUGGUAUGGAUCACCGCUGGAAGGGUGCUAUUGCAUUUGUGCCUACGCACCCAGAGACAUUGGGUGGGCCACUGUGAGAACAGGAUGCUGGACUCAAUAGGCCCUUGGUCUGAUCCAGCAGGAUUUUUCUGAAGUUCUUACAAUAUGCCUGAAAAAUCACCCGUGGUUUUCAUGACUGAGCUGUGAUUGCAGUUUAGAUCUUUUAGGUCCACAUCUAACUUUUUAUCAGCUGGACCAUACAGUGGAGAGGUGAAAGGUCAAACUGGGAGCCAACUGAGAACUGCAGCGAUGAAUAAGCAAAGUAGAGCAAAAUAUGUAGAUCAUCUCUUUUUUUUCCAUUUAAAGAGGCUAAAAGUUCAAUCUCUGUCCUUUUCUCCCAGAUACAUUGACAAUAAAUUCUAAGGAUGUGCGUUGGGUUGGUGCCUGGUGGCUUGGAAUACUGUUAUGUGGAGCCAUCAGCGUUGUGGCCUCCUUCCCUUUCUGGUUCCUGCCUUACUCUUUGCCAAAACAAGGAGAAGAAAGGAUAAUUAAGAAGACGGGUGAUGUUUACGGAAACUCCAAGGAUAGCUGUGGCAAAACAGAAUCUCCAAAACCACCACGGCUGAAGAUCUCCAAAGCAACAAAAGGUUGACUGCUGAAUCUCCUCCUCCUCCUCCUCCUCCUCCUCCUCCUCCUCCUCCUCCUCCUCUGGCUCUCCUUCACUAGUUAAUGCCGAGCUUCCUAAGAGCAAUCGGCUCGGUGGGUGGCCCACUUUUGCAAUGUGCUCAUCUCCUUAAACAAAAUAGAACAGGACUAGGGAAACUUGACUCUCCAGAUGUUUCUGGACUCCAGCUCCCAUCAACUCCCACAGCAUGGCCAGUGCUCAGGGAUGAUGGGAUUUGUAGACCAGAAACAGAGUGUCCUUAUUCUGGGGUGAUUGCAAUUUAAAGCAUAAACAUACACCCCAAUAUUAUUGGAAGGUUACGAUCCCUUUUAUUAACAGCUGGCACUCACCCCUACUAUUUUGAAAACAGAUGUGAUCUGUGGUGAAAAAUGUGUGGUGAUUCAGAUAAUUGGUCUCCAUGGUCUCUUUUUGUAGGCAGAUGUCCAUGUAAGCAUGUCAGGAAGGAACACAGGAAUCUGCCUUCUACUGAGUCAGAGCACUGAUCCACCUUGUAUUGUCUACACAGAUUGGGAGUGGCCCUCCAUGGCUUUCUUCCUGCCCUAUCUGGAGAUGCUAAGGAUUGAACCUGGGACCUUCUGCAUGUAAAGCAGAUGCAGGAGCAGUAACUUGAGUCAGGGUACAUACAGUCACCCAGUUCCGCUGGUUUCUUGGGUGGGGUACCUUCAUGAAUUGUGGUCCCAGGAUUCCUCUCAAGUUGCCCUGGUUCCCGGUACAUGCUGGUAUCUGCCAUGGGCUCCAUCCUCCAAGGAGGUCUUCUCAGAUUUUGACCACAGACCUAGAUCAUAUCCUUAACAUUUUUUACUUAAAACUCAUUAAGAAGAGCUAACUAACAAUUUGCUGAAUGGGAACCAUUUUACACACUGCGUUCCUCUCUCCCAUCUGUACAAUUCGCAACUACAGUGGUACCUUGGGUUACAGACGCUUCAGGUUACAGACGCUUCAGGUUACAGACUCCGCUAACUCAGAAAUAGUAACUCGGGUUAAUAACUUUGCUUCAGGAUGAGAACAGAAAUUGCGCGGCAGCAGUGGGAGGCUCCAUUAGCUAAAGUGGUACCUCAGGUUAAGAACAGUUUCAGGUUAAGAACGGACCUCCAGAAUGAAUUAAGUUCUUAACCUGAGGUACCACUGUAGAUCUGAAGUUACAAAUCUGAACACACACACACAAAUCUAGGCAAUGUAAAUUAGGCUCAGCAGUAGACAGAAUCAGCAAUGGCUUUUGAUCCCAUGGGUGAUGAUAGAGAUGAUCAUAAGCCUUUCCUCUGCGAAUACACUUGCUGAUGUUUAUUUUAGAUAUGGAUAUAUUAUAUUUCCUUUCCAGAUUUCUUCCCCACUUUGAAGAAGCUACUUGGAAACACCAUCUUCCUGGUCUAUUUACUCCUCAUUGUCCUUCUGUACAAUUCUGUCGUUGGCAUGAUAACAUAUGAGCCAAAGUUUAUGGAACAGCAAUUUAACAUACCUGUUUCAAACGCCAUCUUUUAUAUUGGUACGUAAACUCCUCUCUUUGUUGUUGCGUUUCUGGCUUGCUGGGGUAAGAGUGUGUGUGUGUGUGUGUGUGUGUGUGUGUGUGUGUGUGUGUAAGCACAUGCAACCUAUGUCAAUGUUCCCUUUUCUUUUUCUAGGUGUGUUGCUUUUACCUGCUACAAUUGUGGGACUGUUCCUUGGAGGUUUUAUCAUCAAGAAGUUCAAGAUGCAAGUGACAACUAUGGCGAAGUUUGCCUGUGUCACUUUUCUGAUUACCUUCCUACUUAAUCUGCUUUACUUUGCAUUCAACUGCAAUGACCUUCAGGUGGCUGGCUUGAACAUCAACUACUCUGGGUAAGUUGCCUUAUUUAUUUUUGGGACUGUGGGGUGGGAGAUUCAAUAUUAUACUGACUCAGACCGUUGGUGCAUUUUAUGUUGUGAACUGCCCUGUGAUCUUCAGAUGAUGGGUGAUAUACAAAUUUAAUAAAGAAUAAUGAUCUAACUGAGUACCAUCUGCUGGGGAUGUCUCUUCAUGCCUGCUCCUCUGCUGUCUACUUAUUGAUCAUCUACUCAUCUACGGUCUCCUAAGUUCACAUUUAAUGGUGAAUCUACCUGGCUGGAACUUACCCAAACAUACACGAGAACUAACAUGCAGCCAUCAUAGUGCCACUCUGAAUUUUACAAUGCAUUUCAGUAUUAUUAUUAUUAUUAUUAUUAUUAUUAUUAUUAUUAUUAUUUAUAUCCCACCCUCCCCAGCCAAAACCAGGCUCAGAGCAUAUAGGAGGGUAAAAUGUGCAUAAGAAUGCAUGCUAACUAUCUUUUACUGAUGUUUUGCUUUUUUGUCAACCACUUUGCAGCCUUUCCCAACCUGUGGGUCCCCAGAUGUUGUUGGACUACAACUCCCAUCACCCCUAGCUAGCAAGGACAGAGCUCGGGGAUGAUGGGAGUUGUAGUCCAACAACAUCUGGGGACCCACAGGUUGAGAACUGCCGAGGUUUCAUUGCUAUCAGGUGGUAUAUGAAUUUUGUUGCAUAAAAUAAAUUGGUGAAACUAACAUGCAAAAAUGGGUUAUACUUGAGAAAACAUGCUUUGCCAAAAUGCAGAUAUAACAACAACAACAGCAAUUUAUUACUUGCACCCCACCCACCCAACUGACUGUGUAUAUGUGUGUGUUGGCCUUGUUUUCCUUUUCCCUGAAGGCUUUGCUUCUGUUCCCUUUAGCAUCAAAGAAGCAUCCUUCUCUAAGGAAGUAUCGUUAGCUGCCUGCAACUCUCACUGCAGCUGUGAUGCAAGCCACUGGGAUCCCGUUUGUGGAAGCAAUGGGGUCACCUACAUGAGUGCAUGUUUAGCUGGCUGCAAAGCAUCAGUGGGAAGUGGAAAAGAUAUGGUAAGCGCAGAUAUCUGUUUGUAGGUUUGCUUCUUAAGAGGUUCAUGUGUUCGUAGGAUUGUAUAGAGUUGGAAGAGACUACCGGUGUCAUUUGGCACAACCUCCUGCAACGCAGAAAUCACAGCUAGAGACUCCCUGACAGAUGGCCAUCCAACCUCAGCUUAAAACCUUCCGAUGAAAGAGACUCCGCCACCUUCUGAGGUGCAGUACAUUUGACUGCUAAACAGCUUUUGCUGUCAGAAGGUUCUUCCUAAAGUUUGGUCGGAAGCUCCUUUCUUGAAUUUUGAAUCCUUUGUAUUGGAUCCUACCCUCUGGCAGCCCUGCUGACUUGCACCAUAGUGAGGGUCACUUGGUCCGGCAUUCCGGCAUGAGGACUUGUGCCAGAAUACCAGACCAAAAAAAGGGGAUAUCUUGGGAUGCAAACAGAAGCUGGGAUUGGCUUCUGUGAUUAAAACAGGACAGUUGGCAGAUAUGUUGUAUAGUUCUCUCUAUUUUGGCUCUGGAAUAUGUCAAAUAUUAACUUUCACCUUAAUAUCAGCAACACAAAGGAGAUGGUGUUGGACUUUUGGAGGAAAAGAGGAAAACUAGCCUCACUGUACAUCGGGGAGGGCUGUGUGGAGAGAGUCUCUUCCUUUAAAUUCCUAGGAGUUUAUCUCAGUGAAGACCUUACUUGGAAAAUCAGUACAACCCAGGUGGCUAAGAAAGCCCAGCAGAGACUCCAUCUCCUCAGAGUAUUGCGGAAGAAUGAUGUCAAUCAACAUUUGAUUAUCUCCUUCUACCGAUCCACAAUAGAAAGUGUCCUUUCAUACUGCAUCACGGUGUGGUACGCUGGUUUGACAUCAGUUGAUAGGAAGUGCCUACAGAGGGUGGUGAAUACAGCACAAGAUAUUAUGGACUGUCCCGUGAAUCCACUGGAUGACAUUGCAGAAGAACGUUGCCUCAGGAGAGUGAGGAAAAUUCUAAGGGAUGAUUCACACCCUGGCUGGCACUUUCUUGAUUUCCUGCCCUCGGACAGAAGAUAUAGAAGCAUGAUUAGUCGCACCAACAGGGCAAAGAACAGCUUCUAUCCAUGGGCUGUUAGGCUGCUGAAUGAAAAGAUAACAACAGGGCAACUGACUUUUGGGUUUGGUGGGUGUGCGUCGGUAAACGAGGGGAAUUAAGACUAAGAGAGCUGAAUGGGGGGUGCUUGUGUAAUCUCACUGUAUACAAGUUGUACAAGUGACAAUAAAGUAUUUCAUUUCAACUAGAUAGACUGCAGAGGGUUCAGGACAUCUUGUACCACAUGUUUUGCCCACAGGGGAAAAUCCACAGGGAGCGGAGGUGCGGAAUGUGAAAAAAUGCAAGACACCCUGCUAAUGACGCACACCCUCUUCUCUCUCGCAGGUAUUUCACAAUUGCAGUUGUGUGGGAGUUUCGGGUCCUGGAAAUCUAUCGGCAGUUUUGGGUCAGUGCCCAAGGGAUAGUUGUACUAAAAGCUUCCCUUAUUUCUUAGCCUUGACGUUCUUAUUUGCGUUUGGUUUUUCCUUGGGAGGAACUCCGACGUACAUGAUUAUGUUCAGGUGAGCACAUUUUUUAAAAAAUCCCCCUGUUUGUCUCCAUCAAGUUUUGGGGCAGGUCAGCUCCGCAGCAUAGUUCAUCAAAUCUCCUGUAUUUCAGCGGUUGCUUUUGCAGAAUGUCCCUGGAUUGCAAAAAAGGUGCCAAUUUCUGCUUGAAAAUAAUAAUAAUAAUUGUAGCCAACAUUGGCGGGGGGUGCAUCACUGAAAAUCUGAAUGCUUGCAGCUGAAAUCUAGGACAAAAUAAAGCCGUUUUGCUAGAAGAAAAGUUUGGAUUUGAUAUCCUGCUUUAUCACUACCCUAAGGAGUCUCAAAGCGGCUAACAUUCUCCUUUCCCUUCCUCCCCCACAACAAACACUCUGUGAGGUGAGUGGGGCUGAGAGACUUCAGAGAAGUGUGACUGGCCCAAGGUCACCCAGCAGCUGCAUGUGGAGGAGCGGAGACGUGAACCCGGUUCCCCAGAUUACGAGACUACCGCUCUUAACCACUACACCACAUUGGCUCUCCUUUUCCUAAAGGCAUUUACAAUCAGGAUUCCUAAAAUCUUCUACAAAACUACCAGGGCCCCAAGGUUCAUAUUCAAAGGUGCUCUUUUAGAGCAUAGGAUUGAAUUGCUGUGGAGCGCAUCUUCUUCUGCCACGCACAACUGAGUGCAGGCCUCCCCUUCCCAACUGGCCACUCGCUCACCUCUUGCUACCUGUGUGCUCACAAGAAGUUUUUGCCUGCUUGCCUGCCUCCUGCCCCCACUGCAUGCUUCUCCUACCUGUCUGUCUGCCUGCCCCAGCUGCCCCGGCUCAGACAUGCUUGGAAAUAGCACCAAUAGUUAAGAGGCAAGUCAGGAGGCUUACGACAUGAGACAGGGCCUUUUCAGUGGUGGCUCCCAGCAAAGAGGCCCACCAGGUGUUCACUUUGACAUCUGUCCUGGGCACUGGGCAGAGCCUUUUGCUUCAAGCCUUGGAAUGAUUUUAACAUCUUUUAUUUGCUACUGCUGCUGGUGGUAUUCUUCAGUCUGGUUCCACUAAUGUUGGCUGUCACCAUGGUGCUUAGGCCUGUGGUGGGGCUUCCUAUUGCUGUUUUGGCUGUUUUAAGCUGCCGGUUUGCUGUGUUCUGUUUUUUACGUUUACUUCUAUUCAAGUACGUAUAUUGGGUGCUUUGGUCAUUUUUAGUUGUGUUCUUCAAGGCUCUGGCACAAGGCAACGGCUAAAUUGUUCUCUGUUCCAUUACACUUGGUCUGGAAAGUGUAGUUAGCGUGGAAGGCUGCAGUGGGAACAUAUUACAUCUCUGCUCUCAAAGAUUUGCAGUGUCUGCCAAUUUGCUUUGUUGCUGUUUAAUCGUUUGGUCAUGUCCGACUCUUCGUGACCCCCUGGACCAGAGCACGCCAGGCACUCCUGUCUUCCACUGCCUCCCGCAGUUUGGUCAAACUCAUAUUAGUAGCUUUGAGAACAUUGGCCAACCAUCUCAUCCUCUGUCGUCCCCUUCUCCUUGUGCCCUCCAUCUUUCCCAACAUCAGGGUCUUUUCCAGGGAGUCUUCUCCUCUCAUGAGUUGGGCAAUUUGCUACUGAGCAAAAUUCUAGACUGGCUGCUGCUUUGUUACUGGGACAAAAUCAAGAUGUUACUGCUAAUGUAUAAAGACAUCAAGAGCUUGGAACGAAUGUGCUGGAAGGAUUGACUUAUCCCACACAUGCCUCUUAAAGCACUUUGAUUUGUGGAAUUAACACUUUUACAAGUACCACGUAAUGUAUGUUCCAAGCCUGGGAGGAAUCUGUUUGAAAUUUCAUCAUAGACCUUUCUUCUCAAAGCUGUAGAUUUUAUCUAUAUUUUGAUAAUUUCAUUACGCAGACUUUUUUUUUAUAAAAAAGUGUUUUAUUUUAUAAUAAAAUAAAAUAAUAAAAAUAAUUUUAUAUUUUAUAAUAACAAUAUUAUUACCAUUUUGUGUAAACCACUUAGAGUUGGGUUUUUUUUUAAAUUAAGCAUUAUAUAAAUCUUGCUAAAUAAAUACAUGGAACAAAACAACAACAGCAUUAUCGAAAUAAUUUCUGUGGAUUUUCAAAUUCUGCACAUUUAGAUCAAUCUACAUUUGGGCCUCUUUAAUUCCAGUGGAUUGAUUGGUUUUUAACGAGAGAGGUGUAAGUCUUGCCCUUGAAAAUUUGCAGUUCCAGUUAUUUAACGCUCUGAAGCUUGCACAACCCCAUAUCCUUUUGAGCCACGACAUUCCGUUUAUUUCAAUGUUUCUGGACUGCAGCCAUUGUAGCAAAGUGUAUCUGAUUAAUGUCGAAGGGAAUUUUUUGAACUUCUGCAUCCUGUUUUUUCCCCAGAUCGGUUUCACCAGAAUUAAAAUCCCUUGCUGUCGGCUUCGAAGCUUUCUGUGGAAGGACACUCGGUAAAUAUUUCUUCCCUUUCCUUUUGUUUGAAGAUCAGAAACAUACGAAGAACAAAGGGAGCUGCCUUCUACGUUGGUCAAUAUACCUCAGUAUUGUCUACACUGACUGGCAGCUGCUCUCCAGGGCUUCAGGCAGGGGUCCGACGUCCUACAAUAGACUGCUUUUUGGAAGGCUAAUUCCGGGGGGGGGGGAGAGACGGAAUGCUGUGGGUGCCAGGCAAGGCCUCUGAAGGCACAAACGCACCCAUGGGUGGUGACCACGAUGGCAAACACUGCUUUAAACAGGCUUCCAGGUAGCGUGUUCUAAAGUUAAGGGCAAAGAUGACACCAAGUCUGUAGAGUAGUGGGGAUGUUUUUCCAUAUACAGUCGUACCUCGGGUUACAUACGCGCCAGGUUACAUACGCUUCAGGUUACAGACUCCGCUAACCGAGAAAUAUUACUUUGGGUUAAGAUUACUGAAGCAAAAAAUAUUACUUUGCUUCAGGAUGAGUACAGAAAUCGCGUUCCGGCGGCGUGGUGGCAGCAGGAGGCCCCAUUAGCUAAAGUGGUGCUUCAGGUUAAGAACAGUUUCAGGUUAAGAACGGACCUCCGGAAUGAAUUAAGUACUUAACCCGAGGUACCACUGUACCUGUGGAUGUGAACGGGAUCCGUUCCGGAGCCCCGUUCGCAUCCUGAAGCGAAUGCAACCCGCGUCCACGCGUCUGUGCAUGCGCGGGUCGCAAUUCACUGCUUUUGCACAUGCGCAUGAUGUCAUUUUGAGCAUCUGCGCAUGCGUGAGCAGCAAAACCUGGAAGUAACGUGCUCCAUUACUUCCGGGUCGCCGUGGAGCGCAGCCCGAAAAUAUUCAUCCCUAAGCUACUUUAACCUGAGGUAUGACUGUAUAUGACACUCAUAUCAAAGAUCCCUUCUCUUCCGGGGCAGCCUCUGUGGUACUCUAUCCCUCUUCUUCUUGUUGUUUUUAAAAAACUGGAUAAGUCGGGAAUUAAGUCUCAAGACUUUCUGCAUGUGAAGUUCUAUCAUGAAGCCCUGGCCGUUUUCUGACUCUUGCUGAAAAAACCCACGUUGCCAAGAUCGAGCCAGGCUCAUGUCACUGCUGGUGGUUCUUCUUUUCAGGCGGACUUCCUGCCCCUCUUUAUUUUGGAGCUUUGAUCGAUACAACCUGCUUGAAAUGGGGUGUGAAAAGCUGUGGUGAAUCGGGGUCUUGCAGAGCGUACAGCACAGAGAUGUUCAGGUGAGUCUCAACGGGAGCUGAGCUGAGAUUCCCUCUCAAUUUUCGUGCAAGCGUUCUCAGCUUUCUCAGGGGGAGAGGAAACUCCUACGGCAUUUGUUUGAGACGUGAGGGUUGGUUCAUCUUACUAAUAUGCAAGGCAGUUGAAGUUAGUUUCCCUCCCUGUUUCUAAACCUCUUAAACGGUCUCAAUCAUAUAGCUUGCUUCUCCCAGCCUGUCCCAAGAAAGAAGCUUAAAAAAGAAACAAACACUUUAUUCUCAUUUAUUUAUUGGGAAAAUAUAUUAAGAUGCUGCCUUUCAUACAACUUCACAAUGCAGAGAACAAAAAUCCUCAUUUUAUCCUCAUAACAACCCUGUGAGGAAGGAGAGGUUGUGAGUGAGCAGUAGGUAAAGGUGACUCAAUGAGCUUCAUGGCUGGGUGGGAAUUUGAACUCUGCUUUCCCUGGUCCUGGUCCAGCACUGUAACCACUACCCCACAUUGGCAGCUGCUGGGUAAUUGCAUAUAGAAGAAACCAACUGGUCAUUAUAGAAUCAUAUUGUAAAGCUGGAAGGGACUCUGAUCAUCUAGUCCAACUUCCCUGCAAUUCAGGUAUAUACAGCUGUCCAAUAAGGGGAUUGAACCUGCAACCUUGACAUUAUGAGCACCACGCUCCAACCAACUGAGCUAUCCAGAAUGAGUUCCUUUGGCACCUUCCCUGCCCCACUUUCUUCGGGGUAGAUUAACCAUGAACUGCUUUGAAUUCUUUUAAUUCUCAAGUAUGUCACCCCUCUCCCCAAAGUGCUAAAUGGCUUGUUUUGUUCUUCCUUAAGUUUUGUUGCACUCUUUGUGGGUCAAGGCCCUGUAACCACCCGGUUCUCUGGGAGUUAAAUAACUACACCAGACGUUUUCAACCUUUUUGAGUCUAUGGCUCCCUUGAUCAACUACAUUCUUUCUGCGGCACCCCUGUGGGGCUCAGGAGCCCAGUUAUGUCACCCCUUGUCUGCAGAGCCGGCAGCCCCUCACCCUUUUUCAAACGCCCUAGAGCAGGAGUCAGCAAACUUUUUCAUCAGGGGGCCGGUCCACAGUCCCUCAGACCUUGUGGGGGGCCAGACUAUAUUUUGGGGGGGGGGGAAUGAACGAAUUCCUAUGCCCCACAAAUAACCCAGAGAUGCGUUUUAAAUAAAAGGACACAUUCUACUCAUGUAAAAACAUGCUGAUUCCCAGACUGUCCUCAGGCCGGAUUUAGAAGGUGAUUGGGCCAGAUCCAGCCCCCAGGCCUUAGUUUGCUUACCCACGCCCUAGAGUGUUCCCUCAGUCCCCUCUCUUCUCCCCUCUCCUUGGGAGUCCUCUGGGCAGCCGCUGCUGCCACCCCUGGUCUCUGAGCUCCCCCCCCACCCCAAAGAGAGGUGCCUCCUCACACUGCCCCACAAGGGCCUGGGAAGCACCCCUUGGCCAGCCCCAGAGGCACCAUUCGCCUAGCGAGCUUGUAGCCAGGGCUGCUGCAACAAACAGCCAAGCAAGCCUUUGGGGGGCAGAGACAUAAGAGGGCAUCAGAGGAGGGAGGGAAGGAAAGAGGGAUAGAGGCCAGCAUUGCCCAUGGCAGCUCUGACCAUCAUUCAAGGCACCCCAGGGUGCCACAGCACAUUGGUUGAAAACCACCAAACUAGACAGUACACAGGAUGUUGGUUUUAUGGGAUCAAAUGAGGCCACAACUUUAUUGGUUACAGAUGUGUGGGUUUUGGCCAUAGGCAUUGGGAUAAGCCACACAGUUUCUCUAAGGGUGAAGCCAACGAGCAGGAAACACCCAAGACAUACGUCAAAUUGGGGUGUCCCCCAAGUGAUCUCCAUUGGAGGAGUGGAAUGACCCUAGCCCGGCUAAAUGACUUCUUUUGUUCUUCCUUACGUUCUGUUGCACUGAGCUGUUCUGUCUACCCUACUCCUAGGAACGUCUACGUGGGAUUCCUUCUUUCGAUAAGAGGUGCAACCUGCCUCCUGUACAUCAUCCUCUGCGUUUUAAUUGUGAAGCGAUUCAGACGAGGCGGGGAAGAGGCAACGGCAACCCAAAACUGUGAGCUGUCUGCCGCCAAGUUGCCAGUGCCUGAACUGAACAAAGGAGAGACCUCUUGCGUAGAGGCGUCCGUCAACAGUGACACCCGCUUGUGA